UUUGAAUGUGUUUUAAUUGCAGGGAAAUAUGCCAGAAUCCUUGAUGCUCAACGUUCCAAAGUUAAAGAUAUGGACUUGCCAAGAUUUGCGGAGCCAAUGACAAAUAUAACCGUUACAAUUGGAAAAAAUGCUUUGCUCUCCUGUGUCGUGGAAAAUUUGAAGGGGUACAAGGUUGCUUGGGUGCGAAUUGACACGCAAACCAUAUUGUCCAUACAUCACAAUGUCAUCUCCCAAAAUAAUCGCAUCAGUUUAACUUAUACAGAUCAUCGUUCCUGGUAUUUACAUAUUAAGCAUGUAGAAGAAGGCGAUCGCGGUUGGUAUAUGUGCCAAAUAAAUACAGAUCCAAUGCGUUCCAGAAAAGUUUAUUUACAAGUUGUCGUGCCACCGACGAUUGUUGAUAGCACUUCUAAUACUCAAAUGGUUGUACGUGAAGGCAAUAAUGCGACUCUUUGGUGCAAGGCGCGUGGGUCACCGCAACCGUACGUGAUGUGGCGACGCGAAGAUGGUGAAGAAAUGUUGAUCGGUGGUGAACAUGUCAAUAUUGUUGAUGGUGAAUAUUUGUUUAUAUCAAAAGUCAGCCGCUUGCAUAUGGCAGCUUAUUUAUGUGUGGCUUCUAAUGGCAUUCCUCCUUCCACAAGUAAUCGUGUAUAUUUGUAUGUACAGUAUUGA